GGUGAGCAUAGGAGACACCCCGGGCACCAUGGGUGCGAAUGUAGAAUGCUUCAGCCACCGUGGGAGACAGCAUGGCAGUUCCUAAAAUAAUUUAACAUAGAGUUACCAUACGAUCGAGCAAUCCCGCUUCUGGAUCUAUGCCCGAAAUAAUUGAAAGCGGGGUCUCGAAGGGAUAUUUGCACACCCAGGUUCAAAGCGGUGUUGUUCACAAUAUCUGAGAGGCGAGAGCCGCCCACGUAUCCGUCAGCGCAUGAAUGAAUAAGCAAAAUGUGGAUUAUUCUGUGUACGUCCAUGUGGUUGGUGGGGAGUUGUCCCCAAACCUCACUGAUGACCCCUCACCCCUCCACACACACUCUUGACAGAAGAGCUUGGACUACCACGCCCUUGAGCCCCCUGGGGGUUCCUUCCGGAUGACUCAGGGAGGGUCCUUGCAGAACUGAUGGGAACUGUGCUUUCUGGGAUUUGUGGAUGAGCUUGGGGUGGAUGAAGGGGCAGGGGACCGUCUGAUGCCUUCUCCUAACAGGCCUAUCUUCCCCUUUGCAGGCUCCAUCCCAGUCAGAAGCCUAAGGGUGGAGGCUCAGACUCCAGCUCCAUCACCCCGAGAAGGGAGGUCUCUGAGGGUCCAGGCCCUCAGAUAUACUUCUAUGGGAUCCAGCUGUCUAAGGAGAGCAUCCCAGGUGGUCCUCACAGCACCUCAGAGACCCUGGCUUGUUGUGGAUGCACGUGAACCCCAACUUUGUAGGAAUUCUUCGUGUGAACAGGACAGAGUGAGCAGCUCCAGGGAGACCCUCUGCACGUCUACAGGGGACAAAUGACCCUCCCUAGGGAUGACGCUACCAAAGAGUAAAAGUAAGGUCGUUGCAUUUGUUGCCUGGGGCUGGCAUAAGAAAGUGCCACCAGGGGAGAGCUUAAAGCAACAGUUCUGGAAGCUGGAAUUCUGAAAUCGAGGUGUUGGUCACACUCUGUUUGGAGCCUCAAGAAUCUUUUCUUGCCUCUUCCAGCUGGUGACCUUCGGCUUGCCUUGGUCUGAAGACACAUCACGUCGAUCUCCGCCUCCAGCCUCCCAGGGUAUAUUCUUGCUGUUUGUGUCCAAAUUUCUCUCUCCUUCUAAGGACACCAGUCAUUGCAUUCAGGGCUCGUCGUAAUCCGUGCAAACUCAUCUUACCUUGGUUACAUCUGCAAAAACCCUGCUUCCAAAUAAGGUCCCAUUCACAGGCACCAGGGGUUAGGAUGUGGACAUAUCUUUUUGAGGGACACAACACAAUUCGACCCACAACAGUCACCGAGUUGAGGAUUAGCAAAGACCACUUCCAGCUUUGAGGCAACAGUAGGAGGUAGUUAGUGAAGACAGUGCUCUAGCAGAGUACUGUGGGAGCCGACACUCCCAUGACCUUGUUGAGACACGUAGGCAGCGUGUCCACGGGUGAGAUGUGGUCAUCCGGCUCUAACGAGGAGAACAGGAAAUGAUGUCCGUGGGGCCUCCUGACUCACAGAUCAGGGGCGGAGGGCCCCAGACUGACAUCCCAUCCUAGGCUUCUAGCUUCUGGGCCCUCGUUCUAGAGAACAACGUCCUCAGCACCCAGGUCUGUCCCGGUGUGGUGCAGGUACUCAGGGAUUUGGAAAUGCGGACCGUGUUCCAUCUCUUAGUGCCCAAUCUGGUGACAGACCGGGGGAUACAGGACCACACCAUGAGCUCUGUCAUCCUGAUGUGGACAGCUCCUCUGGGCCCUGACCAUCCACCCUACACCUACGGGGUCCAGUGCUGUGAGCCAGGUUUCGCCAGUGAGAUCCUGAACAUCUCAGGGACAUGGGUCAUGGUGGGGGGACUGGAAAGGAGGGCCUGGUACACCUUCACCGUCCAGGAGAGAAGGCGUGGAGUCUGUAGUGAUACCCAAGUCUUUGACCUGCCCACAGGUGAGACACACAACCGUUCGGGAUUUGGCACUUCUGGGCUGGUAGGAAGGGGCUGCUCUGGGCCUCUUUUCGAGGAUCUGGACAGUUCAUUUGAGCUCAAGGGAUGGAGCCCUGUUGCUAGGGAGUGUCCCUCCUUAGCAACAGGGCUGGGCAAUCACCACACAUUCCCAAUCUACCUCUGAGAGAGCUUUAGAAGACAAGACAUACCCUAAAGUAUCCACGUCCAAGUUUCUGGUCUCCAGACUCAGCCAGCUUCGGACUUUGGCCUCACCCCAAAGACUCCAUUCACCCUCCACCUACUGGGUCCCCUGGGCUAGGAGGAUGUGACAGGUGGGAGACCCAACAUCACGGACGCUCCACUGGAGGAAGGGGGCCUGGGAGGCUGAGACACGUACCCCUUCACCGAGUAAGGAUACCUACAGGUGCUCUGGGGCAGAGAGCAGGUGAGGGAGAUGUUUCCAGGAACCGCACUCCCGCUUGCCUGCCCCCAACACGGUCACGAAUUUGCACAAGGGAACUGCGGUGAAAGGUCCCCACAGUCCCCCACUCUCCGCUCUACAUGUACUGGGUCCAGUGAAACCCUGGAGGACAUCUCCAGGGACAGCAAGAUCCCCAGGGACAUCACGUCAGCCACACAGGCAGGACCAGUGACAGUUGGUAUGAGGUGCAGACCCUGGAACCCGGGACUCUGUACACCUUCAGCGUGUGGGCAGACAGGAACAACGUGACCGGUUAUGGGCAGAGCCUCCUUGCAUCCACAGAUGGAGCUGGAGCUGUCUCUUUCCCAGGCCUGACUCCGGCCUGACCAUUCAGGACCUGCUCUGUGCAUUCAUGGCGGCGGCGGCGGGGAAGCGGCCCCUGACCCAGGCGAUUUGGGUGGGGCAGUGUGAGGGGACGCGGGAGGGGAGACCCCGGGCCCCCGAGAGGCGGGGCCUGAGCGCAGGAGUGCGCAGAGUCCAGCAGGUGGAAGGUCAGGGCUGGGACACCUGGGUCCCUCGGCAGUGUCUGGAGACAUGAUGGGGACCGGAGGGAGCCUCAGGGCCUGGGGGAGCCUGGUGCUGCUGGGCCUGUGCAGCUGGACAGGGGCCAGGGCGGCUGCCCCCAGCCCGGGCAGGAACCUGACUGCGGAGGCCCGGACCCCCAGCUCCAUCACCCUGCAGUGGCGGACGCCCCGUGGCCUGGACCGGAGGCACCACAUCCCCUGGGGCCUGUGGACCGGACGGGAUGGCGGAACUGAGGCCCCACGCAUGACCGACACCAGUUUCACGGUGGACGGACUUGGGCCCAGGUCUCCGCAUGAGUCUUCUGUGUGGGUGCAGCAGGAUGAGACCAACAGCUCCAAGCUGACUCUGCAAACCAGCACAGACCCCUAUCCCGUCAGGAACUUGAAGGUAGAGGCUCAGACGACCAGCUCCGUCACCCUGAUCUGGGAGGAGCCAGGUGACCCUGACUUUCAGAACUAUGUCUACUGCAUCCAGUGGACUGGGAGUGAGACGCAGAACACAACCAACACCAGCUUCGUGGCGGGCGGACUGCAAGCCGGGUCCUUGUAUGGGUUUGCCGUGUGGGCAGAGAAAAAUGGAGUCCCCAGCCCCACGAGAAUUUGCAACGCCACCACAGUCCCCAACGCAGUGACGAGCCUCAGUGUGCAGAAGCAGACCAACAGCUCCAUCACCUUGAGCUGGACAGCUCCCCCGGACCCAGAUCAUCCUCUCUACACCUACGGGGUCUCAUGGGUCAAGGAGAGCACCAGCGCCAUUAGCAUCCGGAACACCACAGAUACCGGGAUCAUACUAACAGAACUGGAAGCUGGGAGCUUGUACAUCAUCACCGUCUGGGCAGAGAGGAAUGAGGUCAGCAGUGACAACCUGACACUCACUGGAGCCACUGCUCCCAACACAGUCAUGGAUCUACACAAGGAAAACCAGACGAGCAACUCAAUCAUGCUGCGGUGGAAGGUCCCCACAGACCCUCACUCUCAGCUCUACACGUACUGGGUCCAGUGGACCCCUAAGGGACAUCCCCAGGGACAGCAAGACCCCCAGGGACAUCAGACCAACCACACAGGCAGGACCAAUGACAGUUGGUAUGAGGUGCAGACCCUGGAACCCGGGACUCUGUACACCUUCAGCGUGUGGGCAGACAGGAACAACGUGACCGGUUAUGGGCAGAGCCUCCUUGCAUCCACAGCCCCGAGCCCAGUCACCAUCACCUCCUGCAUCAGCACCUCUGGGGGGCACGGGGUCAUCUUGACCUGGUCCUGCCCCGUGGGAGGCUACGAGGCCUUUGAGUUGCAGGUGGGUGGACAGCGGGACUGCCAGAAUGGAUCGUCCUGUGGGAGGGGCGUGUCUGUGUGGGAUCUCCAGCCAGCUCAGUCUUACCCAGCCACCGUCACCACCAUCUGGGAUGGAAUGAGGGCCCCGUCUGCCCCUGUGACCUGCCACACGGAGAAUGCAGGGGUCAUCGCCGGAGCCAUCGUCGGUGUGGUCCUGUUUCUCAUCCUGGUGGGCCUGCUGAUUUUCUUCCUGAAGAAGAGGCACAAGAAGAGCCAGAGGAAACCGGCACCCAAGGUUCUGGGCUCCAGCCUCCUGGAGAACAUCCCGGCACAAGACUUUGCUGCCCACGUGAGGAAGAACGAGAAGGAUGCCAAUGGCGGCUUCACAAUGGAGUACCAGCGAUUGGCUCUGGAGGGCACCAAGCAGUCUCAAAUGGUGGCCUCAGCUCUCGAAAACAGUGCCAAGAACCGUUACCGAAAUGUGCUGCCCUACGACUGGUCCCGGGUGUCCCUGAAGCCCCACCAGGAGGAGCCAGGCUCCGACUACAUCAACGCCAGCUUCAUACCUGGUCUCUGGGGCCCCCGCGAGUUCAUUGCAGCCCAGGGCCCCCUGCCCCAGACGGUGGCUGACUUCUGGCGCCUGGUGUGGGAGCAGCAGAGCCGCACCCUGGUCAUGCUGACCAACUGUGUGGAGUCCGGCCGGGUGAAGUGUGAGUACUACUGGCCUCUAGACGCCCAGCCAUGCACAUAUGGGCACCUACAAGUGGCCCUGGAGGGUGAGAAGGUGCUGGAGAACUGGACAGUACGAGACCUGAGGGUCCGGCACAUCCAAGAGCAGAAGACACUACGUGUACGUCAGUUCCACUACAUGACCUGGCCAGACCACGGCGUCCCCCACUCCCCAGACCCCUUGCUGGCCUUCCGGAAGAUGGUCCGGCAGUGGCUGGACCAGACCGUGGAGGGAGGCCUCCCCAUUGUGCACUGCAGUGCUGGCGUGGGCCGCACAGGCACCUUCAUUGCCCUGGACGUCCUGCUGCGGCAGCUGGAGCGUGAGCGUUUUGUGGGAGCCUUCAGCUACGUGCGGAAGAUGAGGGAGAGCAGGCCUCUCAUGCUACAGACUGAGGCCCAGUACGUGUUCCUGCACCAGUGCAUCCUGCGGGGUCUCCAGCAGUCACUCCUAGCCCCAGCAGAGAAAGGGGCUUCGUAUGAGAACCCGCUGUAUGAGAAUGUCUAAGCCACAAGAGAGUUGAGACCCCAGUGGAGACUCAGACUCUGGAUCUCCACUUGAGCCCAGAUUCCUGGAGCCCUGGGAGAGCAGAGGGCUGGGGUCCCAGACACCUGAGUCUUGCAGGAGGAGGGGAGGCCUGGGUGUCUAAACUGUUUCCCUGGAGGACAGAGGGAGGUGGGAGUGGGUAUCCUGGAUUCCUGGUCCCUUGGAGGAGGAGGGAUGGGAGCUAGGCUUUCCUAGUUCUUCGAGGGAGGAGGAGGCUGGAGGCCUAGGCUGCUGGAUUCUGGGGAAGGAAGAAGUUCGCGUCUGGAACUCUAGCUACCCCUGGUGCAAAGGCAGACAGGAUCCAUCCCAUUUUUUAUUCCAGAAACCAAAUCUGUCUUCUAGGAUCUGAGAUUUCCCUGCACCCCACUGCGUGUACAUAUCUUUUUCUUCUAUCCCAUAAUUUAUUAAAUCAUUAUUCUCCCCCAGA